UGCCACCUCGAGUAAAUAUACAAACACUUGGUGGUGAGUAAGAGAAAUUUGUGGAAUCAUAACAUCAGUCGUUAAAGUUCUAUCGGGAAGUCAUGGCUCUGAAACUGCUAGUUGGACAAAAGAUUAUGAAUGAGGUGGUUCGCUAUAAAGGACCACCAACCAAGCCCAAACCCGGAACAGAAUGGAGAAUUUUAAUUGUAGACAAGCUCGCUAUGCGUAUGGUCUCUGCUUGUACAAAAAUGCACGAAAUAAGUGCUGAGGGAAUUACACUCGUGGAGGAUAUCAAUAAGAAACGAGAACCGUUACCAGCUAUUGAAGCAGUCUACCUAAUAACACCAUCUGAGGAUUCGAUCAGAUUGUUGAUGAGAGAUUUCGAGAAUCCAGCUAAGCCAACCUAUAAAGCUGCACAUGUCUUCUUCACCGAAGUUUGCCCUGAGGAACUGUUCAAUGACAUUUGCAAGUCGGUGGUUUCCAGGAAAAUAAAAACCCUGAAAGAGAUCAACAUUGCAUUCCUUCCUUACGAGUCACAGGUGUACUCGCUUGAUUCACCAGUAACAUUCCAAUGUGCAUAUUCACCAGCUUUAUCAUCAGCAAGGUAUGGAAAUAUGGAGCGAAUUGCUGAACAGAUUGCAACUCUAUGUGCUACUCUUGGUGAAUAUCCUUCCGUACGCUACAGAAGCGAAUGGGACGGCAACGUCGAGCUAGCCCAAAUGGUACAACAGAAGCUCGAUGCAUACAAAGCGGAUGAACCAACAAUGGGUGAAGGUCCGGAAAAAGCCAGAUCUCAACUCAUAAUACUGGAUCGUGGUUUCGAUUGUGUUUCACCUCUGCUGCAUGAGUUAACCUUACAGGCAAUGGCCUACGAUUUGUUGCCUAUUGUUAAUGAUGUCUACAAAUUUAUUCCCUCACCAAAUGCCGCAGAGAAAGAAGUAUUGCUCGAUGAAAACGAUGAUCUUUGGGUCGAUUUGCGUCACCAACAUAUUGCGGUUGUCUCUCAAAGUGUCACUCAGUACUUAAAAUCAUUCACCGAAUCGAAGAGACUUACACAAACUGAGAAGCAAUCAAUGAAAGAUCUUUCGCAAAUGAUAAAAAAGAUGCCCCAAUAUCAGAAACAACUUUCAAAAUAUUCUACCCAUUUACAUCUUGCGGAAGAUUGUAUGAAGGCAUAUCAAGGAUAUGUCGACAAACUGUGCCGCGUGGAGCAGGACCUUGCAAUGGGUACCGACGCGGAGGGAGAAAAAAUUAAAGAUCACAUGCGUAAUAUUGUUCCAAUACUGCUAGACCAAUCGGUAUCGAAUUACGAUAAAGUACGCAUAAUUGCGUUGUAUGUAAUGAUUAAAAAUGGCAUUUCCGAGGAAAACUUAUCAAAACUUGUUACUCAUGCGCAAAUUGAACCGAAAGAGAGGGAAAUGAUAACAAACCUAAGUUAUUUGGGUGUCAAUGUUGUAGCAGAUGGUAAUCGAAAAAAAACCUAUACUGUACCCCGGAAGGAACGAAUCAAUGAACACACUUAUCAAAUGUCUCGAUGGACGCCAGUAAUCAAAGACAUCAUGGAAGAUUCGAUCGAUAACAAGUUAGAUGAACGUCAUUUCCCAUUCCUUGGAGGAAGGAAAACAGCUGGAUUCCAUGCACCAACUAGUGCUCGAUAUGGCCACUGGCAUAAGGACAAAUCCCAAACCGCCGUAAAAAACGUUCCUCGUCUAAUCAUGUUCGUGGUCGGAGGAGUUAGCUACUCGGAAAUACGUUGUGCAUACGAAGUAACAUCAGCUGUUAAGAAUUGGGAGGUUUAUAUUGGUUCUUCACAUGUUCUUACACCAGAAACAUUUCUCAGUGAUUUAGGUUCGCUGAACAAAGAAUAAAUUUCUUAUCUCACAUAUGAUACGCAAUCUUUACAAUAGUUUCUAACAUCAACAGCUAUAUAAAGUACGUUUCAAAUUGAUAAUAAUGAAUGAAAUAUAUUCACUUAUAUCGGAGAACUAUGAGGAAAUCUUUGUAUUAUUAGAACUGUUAAUGGCGAAUUGUAUCAUUUAAGAUUUGAUUGUUGUCGUUUUACUGUUUUGCAAUACUAAAAUAAUUAUCGCGCUAGAUUUGCUUUACUGCAUUAAUUGUGAAUUCCAAUUCCCAAAACAUAAAAUGUACAUUGAACGAAUAACUUAAAUACAUUUCCAUUCCUCCUAUGAA